GGGUGUCUCCUUGAGAAGAGAAGGCUACCAUGGAUCUGGUCACAGUCCUGGUGCUCACUGUCUCCUGUCUGCUUCUCCUCUCACUCUGGAGACAGAACUCGGGGAGAGGGAAGCUCCCCCCUGGUCCCACUCCUCUCCCGUUUAUUGGAAACAUCCUGCAGAUAGAUGUGAAGGACAUCAGCAAAUCCUUAACCAACUUCUCCAAAGUCUAUGGCCCUGUGUUCACUUUGUAUUUUGGCAUGAAGCCCACUGUGGUAGUGCAUGGCUAUGAAGCAGUGAAGGAAGUUCUGGAUGAUCGUGGAGAGGAGUUUUCCGGAAGGGGUGACUUCCCAAUUGUCGAAAGAAUGAAUAAUGGCCUUGGAGUCGUUUUCAGCAAUGGAAAAAAAUGGAAGGAACUUCGGCGCUUCUCACUUAUGACCUUGAGGAAUUUUGGGAUGGGGAAGAGGAGCAUCGAGGAUCGCAUUCAAGAGGAAGCGCGAUGCCUUGUGGAAGAGUUAAGAAAAACAGAUGGCUCACUCUGUGACCCCACCUUCAUGCUGAGCUCGGCUCCCUCCAACGUGAUCUGCUCUGUUGUUUUCCACAAUCGUUUUGAUUAUGAAGACAAGAAUUUUCUUAACUUGAUGGAGAAAUUAAAUGAAAACUUUAAAAUUCUGAACUCCCCAUGGAUGCAGGUCUGCAAUGCUAUUCCUAUCUUCCUCGAUUAUCUCCCAGGGAGCCACAGGAAAGUACUUAAAAAUUUUGCUGAUAUAAAAAGUUAUAUUUUGAAACGAGUGAAAGAACACCAAGAAACACUAGACAUGGACAAUCCUCGGGACUUCAUUGACUGUUUCCUGAUCAAAAUGGAACAGGAAAAGAACAACCCGCAGUCUGAGUUUACUACUGAAAGUCUGAUGGCUACAGUGGCCGAUGUGUUUGUAGCUGGAUCGGAAACCACAAGUACUACCCUGCGAUACGGACUCUUGCUCCUCCUGAAGCACACAGACGUCAUAGCUAAAGUCCAGAAAGAGAUUGAUCAUGUGAUUGGCAGAAACAGGAGUCCUUGCAUGCAGGACAGAACCCGAAUGCCUUACACAGAUGCGACGGUGCACGAAAUCCAGAGAUACGUUAACCUCAUCCCCAACAACGUGCCCCAUGCAGCUACCUGUGAUGUCAGAUUCAGAAAUUAUGUAAUUCCCAAGGGCACAGACAUAGUCACAUCACUGACUUCUGUGCUACAUGAUGACAAAGAAUUUCCCAACCCCAAAAUAUUUGAUCCUGGCCAUUUUCUGGAUGAGAAAGGAAACUUUAAGAAGAGUGACUACUUUAUGCCUUUCUCAACAGGAAAGCGAAUGUGCGUGGGAGAGGCCCUGGCUCGCAUGGAGCUGUUUCUGUUUCUGACCACCAUUGUACAGAAUUUCGAUCUGAAAUCUUCGGUUGAUACAAAGGACAUUGAAACUACUCCAGUGGCCAGUACUUUUGGCCGCGUGCCACCUUCAUACCAGCUGUAUUUCAUUCCUCGUUAAAGAACAGACUGGCUGUUGCUAUGCAGGUGUCUGUGACUUCUUUCCAGAGGCAUGGCCGUCCUCCUUCCCACUAUUAGGGAUACCUCUGUCAUUUAUUCUCUCACAUCUCUCCCUCGCCCCACAAUCCAGUGAGCAUCCAUCUUCUUUAGGAAGAUUUUCCUGAGUUAUCACCCACUGCCCUCUCCAGUCUGUAAUACUUGUAUUGACCAUGACCUGUACUAACUGUAAUAACUGAGUUAUUAGCAUGUUAUGAAUGUAAUACAGAACAGUUCAACCAAGAACCAUCUCUGCUCUUCUUGGUUCAAAAUAAAAGGAGUUUUU